AUGACGACAACGAGAAUGACAAAGAUCACGAGAACGACCACGAUGACGAUGACGAGGAUAACGAUGAAGACAACGAUGAGGGCGACAACAAAUGUGAACGAUGACAACGACGACAACAAGGAUGUCAAUGACGAUAAUGAGGACGACGAUGGGGAUGACGAUGAGGACAAUGUUUUCAUCGUCCCUAUGGACGACGAUAAGGUCGACGAUGAGGAUGACGACGAGGACAAUAAUGAGGACGACGAUGACGAUGAUAACGUUGAUGAUGACCGCGUUUUUUCAAAUGGCACUUUGACUGGAGCCAGCUAUUUACGUUUGUUGGAAGAUCAUAUUGAUCCCAUGAUCACAGAAAUUCUGGAGAAUGAUGAUCAGCUGGAUGAAAAUUUUGUGACGUUCCAACAGGACGGAGCUCCACCUCAAUUUGAGCGACGAGUUCGGGCUUAUUUGGAUCAGAAUUUUCUAGGGCGAUGGAUAGGUAGGCGUGGGGCUAUAGAAUGGCCAGCUCGGUCUCCCGAUUUAAGUCCAAACGACUUUUUUCUCUGGGGAUAUCUCAAAUCAGUGGUUUUUGCAAGUCAACCCGAAAAUCUUGAAGAUUUAAGACAACGUAUUGUAAACGAAUGUCGGAAUUUAACUCCAGAGAUUUUUGCAAAUAUGCACCAGAAAAGCGUGAUCGCCAGGAGAACAGGCCUGGCCGCUGGCGGCGGCGGGUCUCAGCUGGCGGGUCUCAGCCAGGACAGAAGGAGGCCCCACGAAGUGAAUUAA